AUGAAGAUCGCUUCUCCUCUGAUUCUGCUCCAACUAGCAAUUGAGGGAGCGUUCACACCGACAACCAUUGAUAACAACAGACUCGCUGUCCUCGCCCUGCGGGGAGGCGGCGAUGUAUCAGGCCGGCCGAUGCUGCAAUCGAAAAACCAAGUUUGUGAUCUGUGUACCUUUGAGGAACUCAAGAAGCCAGUGAAGAGAGGCAAGGAGAAGAGCAAGUAUUCAUCGGACAUGUUGCAGAGGAGGAUUUUGGACGACUUUUACCUCAUGGAUUUCGUCAGAUUUCAGGACCCUGAAAGUCCGCUCGACAGGAUUUCUUCGGAUAGGAAUGGAAAGAAAGGUUGCCAGACAUUCUCCAACUUGGCGGAUGCAACAAAGUUCUUAUCACAGAGAGAUGACCCGAAGAACAUGAUGUUUGCGAGGGAGGUUAACGUAAAUGGAGCCAGAGUCUUUAUGGUUGGGAGUUUCGAUGAGUUCUGGGAACUUUAUCUGAAUUAUCCUCACACAAGGCACUUUUACGAGGUUAUCUUGGAAAACAGUCCAUGCAAGCUGUACAUGGAUCUUGAGUUCAAGAUGAGCGGGAACGAAUCUUUUGAAGAGAGCUGUAGUCGAGGGAAUCAACUGGUCGAAGAGAUCAAGUCGAACAUUGUGGAAGUCGGCAGGAAGUUGUACAACAGAGAGAUAUGUGAGAAGAGAGAUUUUCUAGAGCUCGACUCAACAACAAGAGAAAAGUUCUCGAGACAUCUGAUCUCCGGGAAUCUCUGCUUUCAAAACAACAUCCAACUUGGGUCUUUCAUACAAAUCCUCUCGAAGCAGUUGCAAGACGACGCAAAAAAUCUCAUCGACAUGGGGGUUUACUCGCGAAAUCGUUGCUUCCGUUUAUUGUACAGUACCAAGUUUGGAAGGAACAACUCGUUUGGUUUUUCUGAUCGCUGUCUAGAAGACGUCUUCAACAAUCAGACGAGAUUGAACGAUUUCGAUUGGAUGUCAAGGAGCAACAACCCGGACUGCAGGAAAGCUUUCUUGACGAGCAUGGCGAGCAUUGUGCCGGACAAUGAGGAAGUUUUGCACGUUGAUGAGAACAUGUUGAGGGAUCUCCUGAACAGCUCGAGCCUCGAAAGGAAGUUUCUUCACGACAAGGAUGAAGUCUGGAACUUCAAAGUCGGCGGAGGAGGACCAGGAGGAGGAAGGGGAGGGGGAGCAAACAGCCUUCCAACGAGUUUGAAGCCUCUGGGAAAGUUGGUUUGCGAGAAGAUCCGUCCAGGAGCUGUAAUCAAGUGGAGGAAUGAUGGUUAUGUGAUCUUCAGCCUUCAGGGAAACAGAUACUGUGAAAACAUCCAGCGGCAGCACAAGGCCAACGGCAUCGUCAUCGUUGUUCACCUCGAGAGCGGGACCUGGUGGCAGAAGUGCCAAGACCCGGAGUGCAGGUCGAUCAAUUUCAGAAGUCCCAAGUAUUCUAUCGAGCCUGCCGUGCUACAGGUUGUCUUGGCAGCUGAGAGGCGAUACGAUUAUUCCUCGUCCUCGCCUUCGGAGUAA